AGCCUCUCAAUUCAAAUCUAGUCUUCCUUCACAUCUCUCUCCCAAUUAGAUCUGUAAACUGCUACUAUGUCUGGAAAGGGAGAGGGUCCGGCCAUCGGGAUAGAUCUCGGCACCACCUACUCCUGCGUCGGUGUGUGGCAGCACGACCGUGUUGAGAUCAUCGCCAAUGACCAGGGAAACAGAACCACGCCGUCCUAUGUCGGCUUCACAGACUCCGAGCGCCUCAUCGGUGACGCUGCUAAGAAUCAAGUCGCCAUGAACCCUAUCAACACUGUUUUUGAUGCUAAGAGGUUGAUUGGAAGGCGUUUUACCGAUGCCUCUGUUCAGAGCGACAUUAAAUUGUGGCCAUUCAAGGUGUUUGCCGGACCUGCUGAGAAGCCCAUGAUCAGUGUACAAUACAAGGGCGAGGAGAAACACUUUGCUGCCGAGGAGAUCUCCUCCAUGGUUUUGAUGAAAAUGAGGGAGAUUGCUGAGGCAUACCUAGGUUCAGCAGUGAAGAACGCUGUCGUCACUGUCCCAGCUUACUUCAACGACUCCCAGCGUCAAGCCACCAAGGAUGCUGGAGUUAUUGCUGGCCUCAAUGUGAUGCGUAUCAUCAACGAGCCCACUGCCGCUGCCAUUGCCUAUGGUCUUGACAAGAAGGCGACCAGCGUUGGCGAGAAGAACGUGUUGAUCUUUGAUCUUGGAGGUGGCACUUUUGAUGUCUCUCUUCUGACCAUCGAGGAGGGUAUCUUCGAGGUGAAGGCUACUGCUGGUGACACUCACUUGGGUGGUGAGGACUUCGACAACAGAAUGGUGAACCACUUUGUUCAGGAGUUUAAGAGGAAGAACAAGAAGGAUAUCAGCGGUAACCCAAGGGCUCUGAGGAGGUUGAGGACAGCUUGUGAGAGGGCGAAGAGGACUCUUUCGUCCACUGCUCAGACCACCAUUGAGAUCGACUCUCUGUACGAGGGUAUUGAUUUCUACGCCCCCAUCACCCGUGCUAGGUUCGAGGAGCUCAACAUGGACUUGUUCAGGAAGUGUAUGGAGCCAGUCGAGAAGUGCCUAAGGGAUGCCAAGAUGGACAAGAGCACUGUGCAUGAUGUUGUCCUUGUUGGAGGAUCCACUAGGAUUCCCAAAGUUCAGCAGUUGUUGCAGGAUUUCUUCAACGGCAAGGAGCUCUGCAAGAGCAUUAACCCCGAUGAGGCUGUUGCCUAUGGUGCUGCAGUCCAGGCUGCUAUCUUGAGCGGUGAGGGUAACGAGAAGGUCCAGGAUCUCUUGCUUCUUGACGUCACACCCCUUUCCCUUGGAUUGGAAACCGCUGGAGGUGUCAUGACUGUCUUGAUCCCAAGAAACACCACCAUUCCCACAAAGAAGGAACAGGUCUUCUCGACCUACUCCGACAACCAGCCUGGUGUGUUGAUCCAGGUCUAUGAAGGUGAGAGAACGAGGACACGUGACAACAAUCUCCUUGGUAAGUUUGAGCUCUCUGGCAUCCCACCUGCUCCCCGUGGAGUCCCCCAGAUCACUGUCUGCUUUGACAUUGAUGCCAACGGUAUCCUCAAUGUCUCGGCUGAGGACAAGACCACCGGCCAGAAGAACAAGAUCACAAUCACCAACGACAAGGGCAGGCUCUCCAAGGACGACAUCGAGAAGAUGGUCCAGGAGGCGGAGAAGUACAAGUCUGAGGACGAGGAGCACAAGAAGAAGGUCGAGGCUAAGAAUGCGUUGGAGAACUACGCCUACAACAUGAGGAACACCGUGAAGGACGAGAAGAUUGCCUCCAAGCUGCCUGCUGAUGACAAGAAGAAGAUCGAGGAUGCCAUUGAGUCUUGCAUCCAGUGGCUCGAUGGGAACCAGCUGGGUGAGGCUGAUGAGUUUGAGGACAAGAUGAAGGAGCUCGAGAGCGUCUGCAACCCCAUCAUCGCCAAGAUGUACCAGGGAGCCGGAGGUGAGGCGCCGAUGGACGAUGAUGAUGUGCCGGCCCCCAGCGGCGGCAGCAGUGCCGGACCCAAGAUCGAGGAGGUCGACUAAGUGGUGGUGGCUGAGCCAUGUGUUUGAAUAUCCCCUAUCCUUUUAAAAUUUUUGCUGGACAAUAUUAUAUUUUUAUGCUGCUUUUUUUGUAAGAAUCAUGUUAAUGCUCUUUUAAUGAGUAUCAUAUUUUGGAUUC